AGACAUCCAUGGAAAGAAAAAUUAUAAUUAAUUGUAAACAACAGUAGACAGCCGCGAAACUUUUUCUGUUUGUUUGCUGUUAAGUUUAAAAUUAAAAAGCGUUUCGUAUUCCUCUAAUUUUGCUAAACUAAGUAGUAAUUUUAUAUUUUUACUAAAUAAAGAAGUAAUUUUAGAAUUUUCUUUUUUUUGUUUCUAGUAAUAUUAAAUUUUGAAGAAAAAGCAAAAGAUGGAUAUUUUUUAGUAAUUCUUAAUAUGAAAAAUACGCAGCAGAAUAGCAAAUUGCAGGAGAGACAUUCGUGAUAAUUGUCAUUUUUGAGUGAUGUCUUACCACAUGCAAGAUUUUUCCGCCCUCGAUGGAGGCCAGCUUGAAUAUUCCAAUGGACUCCAUGGCUAUUGUGGUGAUGGAAUGAAGACCCUUGGCCAGGAGUACACCCUCUUACAAAGUAUUUUGGUGGAUGGAGGGACUCAUUUUGGAGUGUCAACUCUUUCAUUCGAUAACUUCGAAGAGUUACUGUGGAUGGGGAAUCAAGGGGGUCAUAUGACAUCCUAUGCGACUGGAGAGUUACAAAAGUAUACAUCUUUUCAAGUGCAUGUAAGCAAUGAAGUACGAUCUAUCGUACCCCACGAUGCUGGAAUCCUCUCCCUCACCAGUAACUCACUAAGGAUGUCUGCUAGAAGAGGACUCCCCAUUUUCAACCACAGUUCAGAGCUCAUGCAGAAUAUGCAGUGCAUGGUUUUGACAGAAACAGGGACUCUUCUGAUGGGAGGUCACCACAACAAUCUCAUCGAAUUGGACUUGAACACGAUAGAUGAGAUCAAUGUCAUUCAGGUUGAUGGGGACAACUGUGCCAUUUUACGCAAACACGCACGCUUCAUAUGCUCUGGGGACAUCAGUGGCAAAGUUUGCUUACACGAUCCUCACACACUGAGGGUCGAACGCGUCAUUGACUGUCACUCGGGUAUGCUGUCAGAUUUUGAUGUGCAUGGAAAUCAGUUAGUGACUUGUGGCUUCUCAUCCAGGCAUGGUGAACUGUCCAUUGAGAGGUUUCUGAAAGUGUAUGAUCUGAGAAUGAUGAAGAGCUUAAAUCCUAUUUCUAUGAUGUUUCCUCCCCUACUUCUUCGUUUUGUGCCUGCCUACUCUUCCCGUCUGUGUGCGGUUUCACAGACUGGUCAAUUCCAAAUGGUGGACACAGAGAACACAGACCAAUUUGUAUUCUACAUUCAUCACGUAGAAACAGGCAAUGCAGACAUUCUCACCUUCGACACCUCCUCCUCCUGCCAGGCUUUUGCAUUUGGGGAUGCAGCAGGAUAUUUACAUUUAUUUGGUGCAAGCAGUGAGGUCCAAUUUAAUCAAUUCAACCGACCUACAGAAUUUGCUGAUACAGUGGAGCCCUUCCAACCCAUCGACAUCAAUGAUGAAGUGACUCCUCUCUCCAUUGUACCUCUACCUCAUUCUGAUGAAAAAAUGUUCUCAGAUCUCCCUCCAGAGUUCUCCCAAGUAGUCUACAGGCCAACACCCCCAGUGGAUCCCAUGAUUUUGAAUACUAUGAAAAUGGUUGGUUCAAUUGGUUAUGCACCGAAUCCAGGAAAUCGUCAUCGAAAUCAAGUUCCUUACCAAUUGAACCAAAACAAGCUAUCAAAUGAUUCACCUGCUCACAAAGAUGAUGGUCCUGAGCUUGUACCAUACAGAUAUUUGAAACAAGAAAUUAAGUACUCUAAGAUGGGUCUGGAUGAAAUUGAUUUCAACCGAUUUAAUCGCACUAGCUUUUGUGGAUUGGAAGCUAAUCUGCCCAAUUCUUACUGCAAUAACAUGAUACAGAUGCUGUACUUCAUAGAACCUCUGAGGAGUGCACUUCUCAACCAUCUUUGUCAGAGGGAGUUCUGCCUCGCCUGUGAACUAGGAUUUCUCUUCCACAUGCUGGACACUGCACAGGGUCUUCCCUGCCAGGCUGCCAAUUUCUUGAGAGCUUUUCGCACUAUUCCCGAGGCGUCUGCCCACGGAUUGAUUGUGAAUGAUCUCAACGAGAGUAAGAAGAGAGGAAACCUACAGACGCUCGUUCAGAGCUGGACACGCUUCAUGUUGCAACAACUUCACACGGAAACUCUGGAGGUCAAUGAUCAUUUACUAGAAGAAAACAAUUCUGAUGGAAGCGUCUCCAUCAUGAGUCAACUAUUUGGAGCAAAGCUCUUUAGCUGCAACAGUUGCAGAUGUCGCAGUGAAACCUGUCAAGAAACUACUACUCUACUGACACAGCUUCUUUACCCAGACAACCACAACACUACAGAUAAACCACCAGUGCAGUAUUCCUUUGUAGAUAUUGUACAGAGGAGUUUGUCUGCAAAACAUCACAUAACUGCCUGGUGUGACAAUUGCAGUCGUUUCACUAGCAUGAUACAAACUAAACUUCUGAAGUCAUUACCAGAUAUUCUUGUUUUUAAUUGUGGUGAGAAUAAGCAAGAAAUGGAGUUUUGGAGAACUCAAUUGGAACUAUUGUCUCAGUCGGAGGAUGGAGGUCUGAUCAUGAAAUCACUUCCGGAUGUUCCUGUCUCUUCGAGAAAGAAGCACUGCCGUUAUGGAUCUUUGUGCAAGAGAUCAGACUGCAGAUACUAUCACGCAAUCAAAAACCCUGAAAAGGCCAUUGAUCCUUCAGAGGCUUCCAUGUCUUGGAUUCCCCUCUCUAUCCAAUUGAAGAUGAAAGGAGGCGAAAUUUCUGUCAGCGAAUACAAUGAAAAGGAAGAUUGCAUUGAUGAGGGAGAGGAGGAGAGUGUGAUCUAUGAGUUGAGUGGUGUUGUUUCUGUAGUGCUUGAUCUUCAAGAGAAUGGUCGUGACAACAUAGUGACCUGCAUCAAAGUGAGUCCACCCGCACAUCAGCGGCACAAGGGAAGUCCCUGUUACCAAUGGUAUCUCUUCAAUGAUUUUUACAUUGUACCUAUAUCUCCUCAAGAAGCUGUCUAUUUGGAUUUUGAAUGGAAAAUUCCUUGUGUACUAUAUUUUUCAAGAAAAAAUUUAAAUAGUCGACAUAAUUUGCAAGUUUACAAUCCUAUUGCACAACAAGUGUUUAGGGACGACGUGUCUCUGGCUUCUCAAACAGGUCACAUAACGUUCACACCACUCUCAGUUGAGGAAGAGCACCAGCCAUCUGGACAACUCAUCGCUAUGGAUGCAGAAUUCGUCACUCUCAAUCAAGAAGAAGCAGAAAUACGAAGUGACGGAACAAGAUCUACCAUAAGACCAUCACAGCUCUCAGUUGCAAGAAUCUCUUGUGUGAGAGGUGAAGGUCCACUAGAAGGAGUUCCUUUCAUUGACGAUUACAUAUCUACUCAGGAGCAGGUUGUUGAUUAUCUGACUAAAUUCUCUGGCAUUCAACCUGGGGAUUUAGAUGCUUCUAUAUCAUCAAAACACUUGACAACUCUGAAAGCAACUUACCAGAAACUACGAUUCCUAAUUGAUUCUGGAGCAAUCUUUGUUGGUCAUGGCCUUAAAAAUGAUUUUAGAGUUAUUAACCUUGUAGUACCACCAGCGCAGGUGCAGGAUACAGUGUACCUUUUCCAACUGCCCAACAAGAGAAUGGUGUCACUUAGAUUUCUUGCCUGGCACUUUUUAGAUCUGAAAAUACAAUCUGAGACACAUGAUUCUAUAGAAGAUGCAAAAACUGCUCUUCAGUUAUACAAAAAGUACCUGGAAUUCGAGAGCACAGGCUCUAAGAAGGAUGCCCUGCGGGAACUGUACGAAGUGGGACGUCAGUUACAGUGGAAGGUACCCGGCAUCGACGACUGAAUUCCUUCUGCAGUAAUGUUACAAGAAGUGGUGCAAAACUUUUUUUACACCCUAGCAAGAUUAAAAAAAAAAACUAUUUAAUUGUACCACAAAAAUAAAAUUUACGUCUACAAAUAAAUCAAAACUCAGCUCUGUAGAUAAAAACUCAAAUGCAUGUCUGUGUUGAGUUCAUUUUUGGUGGAGUUCAAUUUUAAUGUUCUGGU